AUUGCUUUGCCCAGCGUGGAAUUCGUCCGCCUAGAUCCCGGAUUGCAAUCGUCACGCUCCCACGCGCAGUCUAGCCCUUUUCGAGACCCUCUGUUAGGGGUCCAGACCAAAAUGCCGAGGCCAGCCGGCCGCUUCUCUGGGGCUCCUACGGCAUCGGCGGUCUCUGGACUAUCGGACCUGCGGCGAAUCGUGCCCUCGCUGAUGGAAAUCGCCGGCACCUCCACGGCGUUGGCUCUCCAGGCGUGCAGGGAGCUACAGGGAGCAAGCCCAACGUCUGGAGCCUCUGCUCCACCGGCGUGCUGCUACACGCUCACACUUGCACUUAGGGGUAUAGCGGCGGCGUAUCUUCGUCUCCAAUGCCUGGAUCCAGCUCGAGUAGGUGACACAUUGAUUCCACGCGGCGUCGACGGUUCUAUCGAUUGCCCGCUUUCCCACGGGCCUAUAACUGUCGUCGUCUCCCCCAGUGGUCAGGUGGUUUGGAAAUUGACUCUCUCUCAUCAGCAUCCGCAUUUAUGAAUUUGUACGUGAAAACCAAAAAAAAAAAGAAAAAAAAAAAGCAAACAAGCCAGAGCACUUGUCCUAACAGCUUCUAUUUCUUAUCAUAGUAUCUGCCUCGCUGCCCAGCCAUCUGCUCAGAUCACUAUUUAGCUGGUACGUCAAUCGGCACGUC